AUGGAGCGCAGCGUCAUCCGUCUGAGCCACUGCCACAAGGACAUCUUCUGCUUCUCACUACCGGAGGAGUGUCCUGCCUGUGGGGAACGACUGAAGGGAGGCAGGCUUCAGGAGGCGCCAGUCAGCCUGCCCUCCCCGCUGGCUGACGGACACAAGAGCUCCUGCUGCCUCCUCAUCACACCCACUGAUGACAACAUGCGCAGAGACUUUGAAGGAACAUCAGAUCUGCACACUGGCAUCUCCAGCACUUCAGGAGUUGUGUACAACUACACUGAGAGAGGAGUAAGCAGAGAUGUGAGUGGCUGGCAACACUGCGUAAGCAUCCCUCUGGUCAGACCUGACAGGUUCCACCUCCUGGCUCAAUGGGAUCAGUACCUGGACCGCUUCUCAGACGUACCCUUGUGGGACCCUACCUGGCACAGCUUCGACGAAGACAACCACAACUGCUUCAGUUUUUGUCUCCAGUUCAUCAACAGCGUGUUGUCGGUGGAGGGACGACCUCCUCUGACCAGAGAAACGUUCACCCGCACUUUCAUCCUGCCGAGAAUGGCGAGGGUCUCUAAGUACAUGACGCUGUGCAGACAUAUCGAGAAAGAAUACUUCUACGUGGUGGACAGACAGGCCGAGGGCCAAGACGAAGCCUGAGUAGGAUGCUAAUG